GUAAUGACUGCGCUUCACUUGAGUCUCAUCAGCGCAGUCAAUCUGACACAUGUUUCUCGUAGAGCGCAGCUCAGAUUGGACUGUGCGCGCGCGCGCCCGUGCGCACCUCGGACUAUUGUGCCGAGAUCAAAGCCAGAUGGAAGUCACGCUGGGAAUAGACAGGGGGAAAUGAGGCAGCCGCGUUUGCACGCACACCCAGAGAUGGAGGCGCGCGCGAGGAGACGGCAAUGGGAUUAGGGUGAACACUUCAGGGAAAGUGACUGCUAAAUUGUUUGUCUCUCCGCGCGCUCACUCUGGAUUUCUCCUCAGCUCACUGUGUGUGUAGUGUGUGUGUCUGUGUGUGUUUGUGAGGACUUCCCUCCUGAGAUAUUCACCACAGUGUUGCCUCGGCACGCAGCAAAGCGCUGGAUACGUCGGGCAGUUCAGUCAGUGCGUGGCAAGGACAGCGCACAAGACAAGACAACGCUCUUAUCAUCUUGAAUGAAAGGCAGUCUGGACGACACGCAACGGUUUGGACAUUUGUAAAAGUGGGACUGUAUAUUUUAAGAGUGGGCACAAGGCGCAGACGGACGAGGAUUAGAGAUGCCAGAAGAGAAAACUGUAGACGAGGAGGAAGACUUAAGCAUUAAGGCUUUACCCUCUGUUUUGAUGACUAUUUCAAAUAAGUAACAAAUAUUAAGAAAGACCAAAACAAACUUUAUUGAGGUCACACGAUUGUCAUCUCCUCGUGCGUCGCUCCGGACAGGUGCUCCAUGUGCGUGUCAGGACUGAGCUAAGGGUCAGUGAUGCCGGACGCGCUGACUCUCAUUAAGAACCGCACGGAGCCAGGGCUCGGCCAACUGGAGCACACGCUGCCCACAGAGGGGAGUGCGCGCCCCGCUUGGGUCAUUGGCAUCUUGGCCAGCGUGCUCAUCUUCACCACCGUGGUCGACGUGUUGGGCAACCUACUCGUCAUCAUCUCUGUGUUCAGGAACCGCAAGCUCCGGAACUCCGGUAAUGUGUUUGUGGUGAGUUUGGCCUUUGCUGACCUGGUGGUGGCCUUCUACCCGUACCCCUUGGUCCUCUACGCUCUCUUUCAUGACGGCUGGGCACUGGGGAACACACAAUGCAUGGUCAGUGGUUUCCUUAUGGGACUGAGUGUCAUUGGCUCCAUCUUUAACAUCACAGGGAUUGCAGUGAACAGAUAUUGCUACAUCUGUCACUCCUUCUCCUACAGUCGCCUCUACAGCUACCGCAACACCCUGCUGUUUGUGGCCUUAAUCUGGCUGCUCACCAUAGCCGCCAUAGUCCCCAAUUUCUUUGUGGGCUCCUUGAAAUAUGACCCCAGAGUGUAUUCUUGUACAUUUGCCCAGAAUGUUAGCAGCUCCUACACUGUGGCUGUGGUGGUGGUCCACUUCCUGGUGCCCAUUGGCGUGGUUACCUUUUGUUAUCUACGCAUCUGGGUGCUAGUCAUUCAGGUGAGGAGAAAGGUGAAGACGGAGGAGAGCCCUCGCCUCAGGCCCAGUGACAUGAGGAACUUCCUGACCAUGUUUGUGGUGUUUGUGUUGUUCGCCAUCUGCUGGGCGCCUCUGAACCUCAUUGGCUUAGCCGUGGCCAUAGACCCUCUCCGAGUGGGCCCGCGGAUCCCAGAGUGGCUCUUUGUGGUCAGUUACUUCAUGGCCUACUUCAACAGCUGUCUCAAUGCAAUCAUCUACGGCUUACUGAACAGAAACUUCCGUAACGAGUAUAAGCGCAUUGUCACCUCGGUGUGGGUGACUCGCCUCUUUGUGACAGAGACGUCCAGGGCCGCUACAGACGGGAGGAGUAUGAAGAGUAAGCAGAGUCCCCAACCAGCGCUAAACAACAAUGAGUCUCUACGGGAACGCACUAACAAAGACUGA